GUUUGAACACGCUCGAACGAACUUUUGAAACAGAAUAAAUGGAUGGUGGAUGAACACAAUAAGAAUUKUAUAUAUAAUAUUAGCUUUUGACUCCGUCGACGAUGUAUAGAUGCUACGUGGGGAAUCUAAACAAAAUAACGUGAACUGGAAUAUCCUAUGAUAUUGACCAUGUUUCGUCAUCGAUUUCACCGACGACUACUCCGACCUUCUUAUUAUUAUACUCAUAUAAGUCACAGUAAUAGAACUCAUGUGUGCUGUCAUAAUGAACUCUUCCCUCGCACAUACUAUCGGUUCAAAGUCCGCUUCGGUGUCUGGCGGAAAGCGAACAUCCUAUGGUCAAUUGAUGAUCUUGAUUUUGGUUUUGUGUGCUGCAGUUAAAGCUGAUACCUAUUAUAUUUUAUCGGCUAUGACGAGAGUGUUGCCAUGGAAUUCGAUAUAAAUUAGGAGACCUUUUCGGCGACGGCGCGAAGCACGAUGCAGAGACCUACUGCUGAGGAUCUGAGCAACGACGAUGGCGUCGACUGCGAUUGGCCGAUGAACGAAAACGUGUUGCGAUCGCUGUUCGAAGACGUAAGGCUAACGGCGGCGGCGGUGUCUGUGGACGAUGAUGCGGUAGCCUCCGACGUCCGACGGUGUCUGGCCGAACCGGUUGUGCCGGCCACCGAGACGAUACGGCGGUUACAGUCUCGGUGGCGUCUAMGGCGGUGGCCGGAUAACGGUGGUGGAGCGGCCACGCCGGUGGUGGACGAAUCCAGACGCAUGCAAGUCCGUCUGAUGACCGUGCCGUCGGCGUACGCGGCGAACGGCGAGUAUUAUUGCGCGCCAGAGGCAGCAUACGUGUCGCGGACAGUGGAAGAAUUGUCGUCGGAACCAUGGGCAGCGGAACCACCGGUCAACGGCUAUACGUUCACCGUAGGCACAGUGCACAACGACAACGAGACAGGCGCGUGCUAUCUUCACGGGUUCGCUGAUCCGCUGGCCCGGGUAACCGUCGACUGCGUCCUUCUGACGGCCGUCCUGCCCCGGCACCGGACCACCGUCAAGAUGUUCUCCACGCUCCGGUCACCGCCUACCGACGACCCGGGCCCUCCCGUUCUGGUCCCGCACCACUUUCAAGUGUUCUCGCGUGACGCCCUGUUCCGCUGACGCACACAUCAAAGAACGAACCCAUCUUUUUGUGUCUCACAAACUUUACUCUAAUAUUGUAAUAAWACACCUAUUACGUUUGUUAUUAUUAUUUUUCGCUAUUAUAUAAUAUUUACCACGAAACUGUGUUAUAAACUYA